AGGUAGACUCAAUAUAAUAGAGGCCAGGACUAUAUAGCAUAUUGUGUUGUGCUUUUCAGCUUCAAAAAGCGUGCAAAAAGAGAGAGAGAGCAAAGUACACAAAUCUCUCUCUUCUCUCUCUUUCAUGUUCCAGACACAAUAGCUGAUGAAUGAACUAUAAAAUAAUUGAAGCCUUUUCGAUUCUUGCAGAAGAAUGGACGAUGAUAGAUGAUGAGAAGUAGCCAUUGAAGACCACCAAUUCAACCUUCUUUCUUCCCACAUGCACUGUAUGUAUAUAUAUAUAUAGAUUCUGCAGAAAUUAAAGUACACAGAGAGAUCAGAUAUGGCUUUGGAAGCACUUUCCACCACUCCCUGCAAUAAUAAUGACCCCUUCAACUUCAUAUUCUACGACGCCACGCUCUCCGGCGCCGCCGCCGGCGGAAACAACGCCCUCUUCUCGGAAAAUGUCUGCCCGGAGACUCAAGAUUUGACCACCGGCGGCGUGGGUAGUGGUGGUUUAAAUAGCGGUCGGAGCAGUAACUUGGUGGGGGCGGCGGAGGGUUCCGAGGGGGCCGUGCGGGAAGGCGGUGGUGGCCGGAAGAAGCGGCGGAGGCGGCCCAAGGUUUGUAAGAACAAAGAGGAGGCUGAGACUCAGAGGAUGACUCACAUUGCCGUCGAGAGAAACCGCCGGAAACAGAUGAAUGAACACCUCGCCGUGCUCCGGUCUCUCAUGCCGGAAUCUUAUGUCCAAAGGGGUGACCAAGCCUCAAUAGUUGGUGGCGCUAUAGAGUUUGUGAAGGAGUUAGAACAUCUCUUGCAAUCCCUAGAAGCUGAAAAGCUCCGAUUACAACGACAACAACAACAAUCCGCCGCCGGUGACGACGGAGCAACGGCGGCAACCAAGACCGAUGACGGAGCCGUCGCCUCCGUCUCCGGCGGCGUGAAGGGGAGGAGUUUCACGAACCCAUUCUGGCAAUUCUUCGCGUACCCACAGUACACUACGUCGUGCUCGUCGUCGAUGAUUCCCAACAAGUGCACCUCUAAAACCACGGCGGCCACCGCCGACAUUGAAGUAACCUUGAUCGAAACCCAUGCAAACGUUCGAAUCUUGUCGUCGACGAGAAAAACUCGGCAGCUGUCGAAAAUGGUGGCCGCCUUUCAGACAAUGUGCAUGUCUGUUCUCCACCUCAAUGUCACCACCUUCGAUCUUUUGGUUCUCUAUUCUAUCAGUGCUAAGGUGGAAGGGGGUUGCCAACUAAGUUCUGCAGAUGAAAUUGCAGAGGCAGUUCACCACAUUCUCAGAGUAAUAGAGGAAGAAGAAGAGGUCACUAUACCCUAAGCUCAUCUUCUUCUUCCCUAUUAAGCUGGCUGCAAAUUAGGGCACCCCACAGUAUUCAUUUUUAUUUUUAUUUUUAUUUUUAUUUUUUUGUGUGUGGCUAAGCUAGUUUCAGUGAAACAUCAUCUCUAUCUCUAUCUCUGAAUGUUGCUUAGAGUUUCUUGUCCUUCCUUACAGGUACAAAUAGUUGUAUUAUAUUAAUGCAUGUUAAUUAAUCUUACCCUAUUAGGGUUUGGUGAUUAUUAA